AUGUAUUCGCAAAACACCUACACCCCUAUGCCCGAGAACGCUGAGGAUGGCUGGCCCUUGAGAUUACGCCGGCUUAGUCGCUCUGUUCUCUCCCGCCCUUCUCAAAAGCCCUCUGGUUCUCGAAAGGCACCUCCUCAUCUCCACGAUCGACCUAUCUUAGUCGGAAACUCGGAGUCAGAGUUGUUAGAUAUAUUAUCUUCGACAAUCAAUACCACACCUGCUCUCAACGCUAGACCCGUGCAUCAACAUCAACGUCAAAAUACUCUGGAAGAUCCUAGAAGGUUCAAUGUUCUUGAUCAUAAAGCGCCUCAGAAGUCCGUUUUGUUCAGAGCCAGUAUAUUUGGAAGUCUCAAAAAGAGAAAGGCUACUCGGCCAAGUACCAGUCCCAAUUCAGCCCUCGCGACCAGAGAAACACCCACACAGUGUAGCAUCAAUCGGGAACGUACGUCUCUGGACAUGGUCAAUAACCACACUUCCAAUCUCUAUAAUGAUUCCAGACCUGCAACACCGAAACCCAAGAGCAAAUCUAGGGACAGUUCUCCUGUCCGCGCAGCAAAAUCGAUGGGAAGAAAAUUAUCAAUGAAAUUUUCGAGAAAGGUAAAGAAAGCAGAAAACGAAAAGGCAGAAAACGAGAAAGCAAAAAUUAUGACUACGGAAAAUGAUACGGAAAAAAGUAUAAGCUAUCCAAUUGAUAUCAAAAUGGUGAUCCCGGAUCCUGUAGAGCUUCACCCCGCGGUUGUAGUUGAAACACCUACAUCUGAACUUUCGUUUCAAGAAAGGCCUCUACGAAGUAAUCUCUCCCGUAAAGAUCUUCGACGACCCAACACAUCCGCAUCAACUUCCACCUCAAUUUCAAAUUCAGCAGCAUCAACUUAUGGUAUUGCACCUCUAUCAAUCAAGAAAGCAUACUCCACUUCAACUCUUCGAAGUAAUCAAAGAAUUGCUACGGACCUCCCGGUAAUGGAAGCACAGGUACUUCGAUCACCACCGCCCAAUUACCACGCUUCGAUGGAUUUUCCUAUGAAGUUAGAUAAGGUCCCUGAAGUCGAUUUAGCUCAACACCCUGCCCUUUCUCGUGUAUCAACAUCUAGAGCAUCUCAAUCACAGCCUGAGUUGGAGCGAUAUACUACCUCUUUUAAUAAGUCAGUGUCGAACGAAUUUCAAUCUGAAGCCGAAUUCACCUCCUCUGUUCGGCCACAAACCCGCAACAGUAAUGCACCUCGUCCCUCUAUGUCGACAACUGUUCGUCCCUCGCUCGAUCCUUGUGGUACUUAUGAGAUAACAUCCGAAAACACCCAUGAUACUGUCGCUCCCCUCCUCAUCCGCAAGGGACCUGAUGACACGACCCCAAAACGUUUAUCUUCGCUCAGGCGCUCGCUCUCAGACUUCAAGUCAUCACGCUCUACACCUACUCGUUCCCAAACACAAGGGGUUGAUCUUUCUGAACAAAUGGGUCUAACCCCAAAGGUAGAACGCUCAAGCAGCACGCGCUCGAAAACUUAUUACACGUUAGGGAGUACAGAGGCAGCCGUUCCAGGCGUAAGCAGGAGUGCGACUGUUAAAAACGCGAAACGCAAUUCAACGUUGUCAAAUCGAAGACAAUCACAUGCUUCUAUUGAAGCUCCUCUUUCUGUUUUGCCUUCUCCUACAUCUUCCGAACCCCGAAAUUCUAUUGCAACUAUCAGAACUGUACCCUACGAGAUAGAAUUUCUACCCAUCAAAGCCAGUCCGAGUCGUGUGAAGAACGCUCCUAAACCUGAUACAUUGCGAUCCCAAAUCAACGCUCCGGUUCUGAUUGAGGAGAAGAAACGUGCCCAAACACCGCGUCGAUCUAAGAGACCCGAUUACUUGAAGAUGUUCGAUGUGCCUAAUUUGAUGAUGGAUUGUGGGGGUUAUGACGAGUAUAGUUAUUCCGAAUAUACGUACUCUGAAUAUGCGCCGUACUCAACGGGAGAGAUGAUCAAGAGAGUUUCCAUGACGGUAACAAAACAGUGCUCUGAUUCUGGAAUCUCGAGAGAUGGAGAAUUUGAGAAGUUUAUGGAAAAUGCGAAGAAGGUGGCUAGGGAAGAGAAACCGAGGGUGAUGGGGAGAGAUGGGGUUGUGGGGGAGAAUAUUAGGGGGAUGGAGAGGAAGAGAACUGUUUGGGGGAGUUUGAGAAGAAGGGAUCGUUAUGAACCGAAGGCUGUGAGAGCUUGA